AUGAUGAAUCAAACAAGCAAUAUUCCAUUAGUUUCUGAUGAAGAUCUUUAUCCAGCUCUUAUUCAAUGUUUUUUUAUAAUUAGUGCUGGUUAUAUAGCUGGUCAAUUGAAUCUUUUAACAAAUACUCAUUCAAUUGGUCUUUCACGUUAUAUAAGUAAUUUUGCUUUACCUGCUAUUAUAUUUAAAAAUCUUGUUGAUGUACAAUUUCAAAGUGUCUCAUGGCAAUUUCUUACAGCUGUACUUAUUGGUAAAACCAUAAUGUUUUUCUUAACAAUGAUUCUAACAUUUAUAGCUGAACGUCCAAGAAAUUUUGCUAAUAUGGGUGAAUAUGCUAUAAUGACAACACAAAGUAAUGAUUUUCCAUUAAUAUAUCCAAUAAUUGAAUCUGUUUAUAAACAAACUCAUCCUGAAUUUGGUCGAUAUGUUUAUUUAAUAGCACCUAUACAACUUGUUAUACUUAAUCCAAUAGGUUUUUUCUUCAUUGAAUUACAAAAACGUUUUGAUGAACAACAAAAACAUCGAGGUAAAUCAUGGAAUAAAUUUCAAUUAAUUUCAACAGUUUUUCGCAAUAUAAGUCGUAAUCCAAUUGUUAUAUGUACAUUACUUGGUGUUAUAUUUAAUCUACUAUUAAAACAACAUCUACCAUAUUUAAUAGAAUAUGUUCUAACACCAAUAGCUCAAUCAUUUACUGCUACAGCAUUAUUUUAUCUUGGUUUAACAAUGGUUGGAAAAUUAAAUCGUUUACAUGCACAUCUUGUUAUUACUGUUUUUCUUCUUAGUAUGAUGAAAUCAAUUAUAUUUCCAUUAAUUUUACGUCAACUUGUUUUUUUUCUUGUUAAACCAGAAAAUGAAAAUUUAAAUUAUACAUUAGAUUAUUCAAAUUUAGGUUUUUUAUAUGGAACAGCACCAACAGCACCAUCAGUCGUUUUUUAUGUACCAGAAUCAAAUUUACCAUUACAAGCUAUUGCAUCAACUGGACUUGUUGUUUCAACUUUACUUUCAGGACCAAUUAUACUUGUUUCAGCUAAAAUGAUUAAUUUACGUACACUGGAUAUUAAAAUAAGAGAAUCAUAUGAAAUAUUAUUAAUGAAAACAAAAUAUGAUGUUAGUAUAAUAUCAUUAUGUUGUACAAUUAUUGUUCUUAUUGGAUUUUGUUUACGGCAUCGAUGGUUAAAAAUAUCAUUUAUACAUAAAUAUACAUUGAUUUUUGUUGGCCUACAAAUAAUAUUAGCUAUAUGGACAAUAGUUAUACAUCAUGUUAAAGGUUCUUUAUUAUCAACAACAUCACCACUACUUGAUAUAGGUAGUAUUUUAAUAGCCUUAACUACUCGAACAUGGGCAACAAGUCUCUCAAUAGCUUUAAUGAUAACUAUUUGUUAUUCAAAUCAAUUAGCUCGUCGAUAUUCUUGGAUAUAUCAUGUUUUUGGAUGGACUGUUUCAUUAUGUAUAUCAUUAAUAAUUUUGUUUUGUUCAUCAAGUGAUAGAUCAAAAGAAGCUUCAAUAUUAGAAACGGAAAAAUUUGGAAAAAUUCAAAUUAUUCUUUCAACAGUUUUACUUGUUAUAUGUAUUUUAAUUAAUACAAUAAGUCUACUUCGUAUAGCUCGUCGAACAUUUCGAUUAAAACAUGAUUCGAUUAAUAAUCGAUCCCAUAAUAAUAUUGAUCAUUCAAAUUCUGGAACGAAUGAAAUCCGACCAUUAAUAGAUGAUGAUGAUGAACAAACAGAUAUACGACCUAUUAUUCCUGCAGAAAUCAAACCAUCAGAAGCUGAUACACAAUUAUUUCGUCAUGGAAUACUUGUUGCUUUAUUAACUAUUGAUGCUAUUAUUUGUGUAUCCGUUUUAUUAUGGUUAAUAUUAGCACAUGAUCGUAACGGAAUUUAUUAUGAAUUACAAUUUUUGGAUACAGUUUUAUUACAUGGUCAAGGUAUUAUAACAUUUCUUGUCUUUGCAUUAGAUGCUGAUUUACUUGUACCGAUUACACAAAAAAUUAUUAAAUUAUUUCAUCAUUGUGGAUUUAAUAUAAAUUGUUGUCGUGAUGAUGUCAACACUAGAUCAAUAGAAAAUAAUGAUUCAUUAGAUUUAGAAAAUAGAAUUCGACCGGAUUUUAUUCGUCAAUCAAAUAUGAAUUCUCCUACGGAAACAAUCUUCAAUGGAAAUCAAUUUUGUCAAUGGGUUAUUACAAAUGGUUAUGUAGAAAAUGAGUAUAUGGCUCAAAAUUAUUUUCAACAAUUAUUGGAUCAUAAACAAGCUUAUAUAAAAAAACCGAAUUUAAAAGUAAUUCAUUGUCUAUCAAAUAAAUGUGAUAAUUGUUUAAAUGAAUAUUUUGAAAAAAAUCUUCAACUAAGUUAUAAUCAACGUUUUCAAAAUCAUAAAGAUACAUUAGAAAUGGGUCGACCAAAUGCUGUUGUAACAUCACCAAAUAUAACUAUAAAUGAUGAUCAAAUGAUGCAUAUGCAAGAUGAUGCUAUAAAAAAAUUAAAAAAUGAAAAAAAAGAAAUUCGAAAACGAUAUGCACUUAUGCAAAUGAAUGAUAGUGUUUUUAUUCUCGGUGGUUAUAUUGUCGAUGCUAAAACAGGACAAAAAAAAGCACCAGAAAAUGAUUAUCUUUACAGUAACAAUACCAAAGAAUUAAUCGAACUUCCGCCAAUACCUGGUAAUGGUCGUAUGGGUUUUGGUUUAGCAGCAACAGAUGAUAGUAAGAUAAUUAGUGUUGGUGGACAUAAUUUUAAUUACGAAACAAUGUCAAAUGUCAAUAUGCUUGAUACAAAGCUAGAUAAAUUCGAAUGGAGAAAUUUACCAUACAUGCCUAAUGGUAGCAUUGGUCCAGGUGUAAGUGUUAUUGAUAAUGUUUUGUAUGUAAUCGGUGGAUUUGAUUUUAUUGGAAAUGAGAUUGUAUGUAAUGGUGAUGUUCUUCUAAUGGAUCUUGAAAAAAAACAAUGGAAAACACUAGCUGAUCUUGAUCCUCCAAGAGCUCGACCAUUAAUUAGUAUAAUUGAUAAUAAAGAUUCACCAACAUUAAUUGUUGCUGGUGGUUAUAAUUUUGAUGAAAAAGGAAAAGCUGCACCUUAUGGUAAAAUUGAAGAAUAUGAUAUGGAAAAGAAAAAAUGGAAAGUUGUUGUAGAUAUUCCUGAUUUUAAAACAAGUAAUGGUCUUGCAACUAAAAAUAAUAAAUUAUAUUUAAUGGAUAAUACAAAUGAAACAGGUGAGAAUCAGAUAAUUAAAGAAUAUAAUCUAUUAACACGUAAAUGGGAAAGUUCACAUGAUAUAAAACAAUCUAAAGACCGUCAUAAUGUCAAAAGUCAAGCAAACAUUAAAAAUGAAGAAUCUGAUCCAAACGAAGAUGGAAAAAAUUAA